AUGCCGAGGUCACCUCCGCCGCUCCACGCGCAAUUCUCGUCGCCGCUCUCCUCUCCUCCGCCGUCGCUCAUCUUUGGCACGGCGCCGCUGCCGCCCACUGCCGGCUGCGAGCCGCCGCUCGACGAGGUAUGGGCCGAGCUGCGUGAGGUGGCCCCUGUGCUGUCGCCCAUCGUCAUCGACGCCUCGCCCAUGACCGCGCAGGCCGUUAUCAUCCGCAGCGACAGCGAAGAGUCAGCCAUGUCGCCUCAUGUACUCCUCUCGUCGCCCGCCCCAUCGCCGCCGCAGUCGCAGUCGUCGCAGGCACCGGACCCGCCGGGUAUCCUGUACUCGACCGACUCGUACUCGUCGCCGCUGUCGUCGCCCGCGGCCUCGCCCUCGUCGUCGCUGAGCGACCUGCCUUCGCUGAUCGCCGCGCCGCUCGCCCAGCACCAGCCGCGCAAGACCGUCUCCGCGUCGCCGUCGCUUGCCUCAUUCCCCCCGGCGCCCGGCCUGCUCGACGGCGCGUCGUCCACCAUCACCUCGGCCUCGGCGCCCACUCUGCCAGCCUUGGAGCCCUUGGCCUACUCGCCGUCGUCGCCGGCUGUGCCGCUGUCGCCGGCGUCUUCGGCCUCCGUCUCGCGGUCGUCGUCGGUGACCACCUCGCCGGCCGCCACGCCAUCGACAUCGACCACCCCAUCGCCUGCCACCUCGCCCCGCCUUCCAACAGCGGCCGCCGCUCCAGCCCUGCAGCCCAGCGUCGGCGCAGCCUCGUCGCCAACCGCUCCGCUCAAAAUUUCGGCCCCGGCCGCCACGCCAGCCAUGCCCGACUCGCUGCCCCCGGCGACGAAGCCCAGCCCACUGGUGAUGCGCGUGGCGCAGGCGUCGAACCCGCCGGCUGCGGGCUCUACAACCCCCGGCUCGCCUACGCCCACACCGGGGAACAGCAAGGUGGCUGCGCUCAGCCAAAGCUUUUCGGCGGCGGCGGCCACGCUCGCCGGUGCAAGCUCGACUAGCAGCGGCCCGCCGCUGUCGGCAUCGACGUCGGGCGGCGCGCCCUCGACCUCGAGCCUGGUGCAGGAGCGAAGAAAGAUGCUCUUCGGGGCCUCGGCGGCGCCAUCGUCACCGAUGCCGUCGCCCGUGCCGCAGGCGAGGACCGGCGGCCACGCCAACUUCAUAUCGCAGUCGUUUGCGGCGCUUCCCUCGCCGGCGGUGGUCAAGCCGGCCGCGCCGACCUCGGUCUCGCUCAAGAAUUUGCCUUCCGUGCAGCCGCCCAAGGCCAACGUCAACGUUCACUCCAAGCCGACCACCACUCCGGCGCACUCGUUCGCGGCCCUGGCCAAGACCAUCGGCCACUCGGCCAGCAGUGGGACGGCCAAGAGCUCGUCGCACCCGGCCAUCCCCUCGUGGGUCCACCCGAGCACCGGCGGGCCGUCGUCGCACUCGGCCCCGCUGUCGCCGCUGCAUUCACCCGCCACCACCUCGCCGUCGUCAUCGCCGACGUCGCAUUCGCCUCUGUCGACAUCGCCGCAGGGCGCUGCGUCGGGGGGCACGACGCGCAAGUUCAAGGAGGGCGCGCCGAUCAUUCUCUCGCGAAAGAACAAGGACGGGGUGCCGGCGAGGUCGGCUACCUUCAACUCGCCCCCGCAAGCGACACACUUCGACGCCGCCAUGAUGAGUAGCGCCUCGACCACCACCACCUCUGUUAAUGCUGCUGCUGCUGCUGCUGGAGCGUUGUUGCCGGAGAACAGCCCGGCGCGGGCGCGACGCAACACCUCUGACGCGCCGCCGCCGUCGCUCGCCGCCGUCUUUGUGCCACCUACGCGGUCGGUGAUGUCGACGGAGGUGGCCGACGGUGCCAUGACCCCGACAGGCGCGGCUGUCGUCAAGACGAGCUCGCCGCCAGCGACAAUCGCCAAGCCAGUCGUGGCCGCGCGUGGGCGAGCCAAGGUGCGGACAAGAACGCCGCAGCCCUUGGGCGGAGGCAAGCUGUCGCUGAGCACGGCCGCUGCGCCGCUACCGGAGCAGCAGCAGACCGCGGCGUCUGCUGACGAGGUCCCUGUGGCGCCCACCGCCGAGUUGGCCGAGCCUUGA